CGUCAUUACGUCAAAUCAUAUGAGAGGAGAGCAACAACAUAGGUGAAAACGUGGAGCAGUGUUUUGCAUGAAGUGAUGAAGCCAGAUGCCAACGCAGUGGAAUCUGAACCCGGCAGAGUACAGCCAGCGCGUGCUGUGGUCGUGGAGCGGAUAAAUGCCAUCGCGUGAAGCGCUAACCCCCACGAAGAGAACUCCAUGUCUUUCUUGGACUGCUCCUGCAUCUCCCCCACUCAGGUCCAGCCAAUCAGCAUAGAAGACCAGUAUGAGGACGUCAGCCACCAAUACCUGAGCUCCGACGUCUCAGAAUGCACUUUCACCUGGGGUGGUGCAGGCAGCGAUGACAUCACAGCGCUCUCUGCUAACUCCGCCCACUACCAGCUGCUGUCAGAGCUGGGGAAAGGCUUCAACAACCUGAGCCAGGUGCGCAUGGCGCGCCACACCCCCUCCCGCCAGCUGGUGGCAGUCAAGAACACCAACCUGGAUGAGUGUACUGAGGAUGAGCUGCUACAGUUGAUGAACGAGGUUCUUCUCUCCAGGCUUUUCCGCCACCCCAACCUGCUGACCUCUCGCCUGGUCUUCAGCUCCUGCUGCCAGCUCUGGGUCCUCACACCACUCAUGGGCUACGGUUCGGCAGAUAGCCUGCUGAGGACGUUCUUCCCUGACGGGAUGAGUGAGUCCCUGAUCGCUUACCUCCUCCACGGAGUCCUGAAGGCUCUGCAAUACCUGCACCUCAUGGGCUACGUGCACAGGGGAGUGAAGGCCAGUCACAUCCUGCUGUCUGGGGAGGGCCGUGUCUACCUCUCUGGGCUGCACAGUGUUUACAGUAUGAUGCGGGAUGGGAAGAAGGUGAGGACCGUGUACGACAUGCCCCACCACAGCCCCGCCCUGCUACCCUGGCUCAGCCCAGAGCUGCUGCGACAGGACCUGCAUGGCUAUGGGGUGAAGUCAGACAUCUACAGUCUGGGGAUAGUAGUCUGUGAGCUGGUCAGUGGCAGGGUGCCUUUCCAGGACAUGCCCCCGACACAGAUGCUGCUCCAGAAGCUGCGUGGGUCCCACUGCUGCCUGCUGGACGUGGCCCCCUCCCCCCUAGGGGAGCUGAGGGGACUGAAGGUGUCCCGCUCCGGGGUGGACUCUGGCAUCGGGGAGAGUGUUGCCGCGGGCAGUCUGACCCGCUCCGCCACCGCCGAGAGACCUCAGAGCCCCGCCCCCAAGAACCACUCGGUCACCCUGCACAACCUGGUCCAGCUGUGUCUGCAACAGCAGCCCGACUGCAGACCCUCUGCUUCUACACUGUUGACCCAUGCCUUCUUCAAACAGGUGAAAAGGCAUCAUACCCGGGACUCCUUCCUCAGUCUCAUGUACCCCGCGGUGCCCCUUGGAGUUUCCAGCCCCGAUGACCCCACUGUGUCCUGCUCCCCUACCCCGUCCUGUCACCCCCCCACCUCCGCCAUCGCUCACUCCACAGAGGAGGUGUGGGACUUCUCCUAACCCUCCUCCCUGCCCUCUUCCACCUCUGUCCCCCACAUCCCAAACCCUGACAACCAAGCCUAACUCAAGACAAUCAAAACGAUCAAAAAAAACAGCGAGCCCAAACCUUUCUACUGUGCUUUGAUUGGACCUGUCCUACCCACCACUCUGAACCUUUCUACUGUGCUCUGAUUGGACCUGUCCUACCCACCACUCUGAGCCUUUCUACUGUGCUUUGAUUGGACCUGUCCUACCUACCACUCUGAGCCUUUCUACUGUGCUUUGAUUGGACCUGUCCUACCCACCACUCUGAGCCUUUCUACUGUGCUCUGAUUGGACCUGUCCUACCCACCACUCUGAGCCUUUCUACAAGUUUUCUAUACUUUUCUAUGUUUGUUUUGGAACUCAAAUAAGGUUCUGCAGGUGGAUGUUUAUUGUCUUGAGUCUUGUCCUGGAGGCAGAACUGAGCCAUUCCCCCUUAGAUAGGCCAGCUGCUGGAAUAGGAGGGCGGGAUUAUUGAAGCUGCUCUGCCUGGACCAUCCAAUGAGGAUCUCUGUGCCAUGGGUGUGGCUGCCGGUCGAUGACAAUGACAAUGACAACCAAUGACGUUGCAGGACAGUGAGGACACACCCCCUAUGCCAGUUUAAAGACCUAUCACUGGACUCAUAUGGAUCGUACUACGAACAGUAAUGUGAACUAUUUUAGGCUAUUAGACUGUGAAAGGGCAUAGAUAAUAAUGUGCCAGGGUUUGAAGAGGAAGAUAAUAGAUGAUGAUAUGUUAUGGAGAUGGAGAAGUGUUAAAUCACAAGUCUGUGAGCAGAGACGGUACGAGAAUAGCUGGUGUGUUAGUGGCAGUUCUGUGGUUAUCCCUCUUGUCUUGUGAAAGCAGCCUGAUCUCGCGAUAGCUCACAUUCCCGAAGUGAAAGUAAACGUGAGCUCAGCAGUCCGUCUGAUUGACCAGGCUGCUAUCCCUCCCCCGUACAACCAGUGAAAUCCCUGUGAUCAAAUAAGAACUAUAACACUACCACUACGGUGGUUUGAGAUGCACUCGCCUAUACAUGUCCUCCGAGUCAUAAUAAACCAAUGGGAGGGUCCUCAAUUGUAUCGUUUUAAUGAAAUCUGUGAACUGUUGAUGAUACGUUUAUGUGUUUUAUUCUGUGAUUGAUGAUUAUGUGUAUGAGAGACAUUUUAUGUAUCAGUGCAUAUCAAACAUGUUAUAGCUGUAUGAGCCUUAUAGAAGUGUUAUAAAUAUAUGCAUUAUCAA